CAGUGACCACUUCCUUGCACAGUUAAUGUUUAACAGAGAGGCUGGAGCUGCAGACAACCCACAUUUUUCUGUAGCAACAGGCAAGUCGUAUCCUGCACGGAGCAGAUGGCAGCAGGACCAAAAGAGGCGCAGAGCUGCAGAGGGUGACCUGGGGUGCUGGAGGAAGAUCUGAGUUGGGAGAGCGCGGACAACAAAAAGAAGCUGUCUCUGAGUUUGGAGGAGGUAAAUGCUGAGAACAACCCUGCUGCUCUCUCACCUUCUCUGCUGGUUUAUUGACACAGCCUCUGUAGCUAGCAAAUCAGUUUUGAUUCAGGUGUGGCUUGUAACCACUGCAGCCUGAGUGCACUGGCUGGUGUAGGGGAAGAAGGAGGGGUUGGGGAAGAGCCGUUUGCUGCUGCUGCUUCAAGGAAAUAGGAGUUUCUUGCUCUUUUCUUGGAGGGGAUUGCUCAUGGCUGGGCAGAGUGGCCAGUCAGACUGUUCUCAUGUGAUCGAUCACAGCCACGUGCAAGAGUUUGAGGUGGCUCUGUGGAUUAAGAUCGUGCUGGCCGUCAUCUAUGUCGUCAUCUUUGUGGCGGGAAUCAUGGGGAACAGCAUCACCAUCAAAACCACCAGGAUCCUGCAGCAGAAAGGCUACCUGCAGAAGGAAGUGACGGACCACAUGGUGAGCCUGGCCUGCUCGGACCUCCUGGUCAUCCUGCUGGGAAUGCCCGUGGAGUUUUACAGCACCAUCUGGAGCCCCUUCUCCACCCCAAAUGGCGACAUGGCCUGCAAGCUGUACUGCUUUCUUUUUGAGGCCUGCAGCUAUGCCACUGUGCUGCACGUGGCCACUCUCAGCUUUGAGAGGUACACUGCCAUCUGCCACCCCUUCAAGUUCAAAGCUGGCUCCAGGCCCCGCAAGGUGAAGCUGCUCAUCACCUUUGUCUGGGUUACCUCCAUCUUGGUGGCCCUGCCUCUGCUUUUUGCCAUGGGCACAGAAUACCCCUUGGAAAUUAUCCAGGGCCACCAAGGAGUGACUGCCUGCACCCAGCCGACUGGCAGGCACCACAUGCCCGAGUGGAGGAGUAAUAUGACCAUAUGCACCAACCUUUCUUCCAAGUGGACUGUCUUUCAGUCCAGCAUCUUCAGCGCCUUCAUUGUGUAUGUUUUGGUGCUGGCAUCUGUGGCUUUCAUGUGCCGCAGCAUGAUGAAAGCCCUGAUGAUACGGAAGCAGGGCACCAUUGAAGUAAGAGGAGGAUCGGGGCUUCAAAACCAGCACCUAAGGACAAACGAGAGUGCCGAGAGCAAGAAUUCCAGGAGACAGAUCAUCCUCUUCCUAGGACUGAUUGUUGCAACUCUGGCAAUAUGCUGGAUGCCAAACCAGAUUCGGAGGAUCAUGGCCGCUGUUAAGCCCAAACAAGACUGGACAAUAUCCUACUUCAGAGCAUACAUCACCCUUCUCCCCAUUGCUGACGCUUUCUUUUACUUCAGUUCUGUAGUCAACCCGCUCCUGUACAACAUCUCUUCUCAGCAGUUCCGGGAUGUGUUUCUACAGGUCCUCCGCUGUCAUCUGACGGUAGAGCAUGCCAACAAACAAAAGCUCCUGCGAGCCCAUUUGAAUUCCAGAGCCAACAGCGCCCGCUCUAUGCGUCCAUUGAUCUUCAUGUCGUCAAAACGCAAUUCUUCUACAAGGACCAAUAACAAGGUUUUCUUAAGUACUUUUCAGAAUGAGACCAAGCCUGACUGCAGUCCACAAAAACUGAGUGUUGAAUUGCUGGAGCCCAACUUGGAUGAAAUGCCACUGGAGACUAAUGUAGAGCCCAGUCUAGUGGCACAGAAUGGCCUUCACGAACAUGAAGUGUGACUCCACGCAAGGCAAAGUUUGUUGAGCGCUGACUUAAAACAACUGUUGAUCUUAAGUAGUAUUUCUGGCAGACUUGUUUCCAACUACACAAAUGAAGCAAGAGUCGUGCGUGCCGUUGUUAGGAUUUUUUUGUUUUGUUUUUGUGUUUUUUAAAGUGCACAAGAGAUUUGAUCUGGUACUUGAAUGUAUUAGCUGCUGACCAAACAAGAAAACGAACAAAAAAAAAAAACAAAAAACCCUCUUGGACCAAACUUCUCUUUAGUGAUUUGGAAGCAAA